UGGCGUUCGCCGCCGCCGCGAGGAGAAACCUCGCCUCCGGCGGCCUCUGCGAUCUCCUCGCCCGCCGCCUCCAUCCUUCGCUCACCCACCUGCUUCCAUCCGAUUCCACCCGCUAUCCCCGGAAAACCGUCGCCCCUUCCAGCCCCGCCCGCGCCUCGGUCGCUCCAUUUCGCGCUCGCCCCUUGCGGAUGCGGUACAUCCCAAACCCUAAACCUCCUCCCAUUCGGUCUCCACCUCCUCCCCGGGCCACCCCACCGCAGCUUCUCCUCCUCCUCCUCCCGCGACCCCGACUUCACCGACGUCCUCACCGAUGCCGCUCAUGCCGGGGCGCCCGCGGCGGCCCCGGCGAGCUUCCCCGGCGAGGUGGCGUGGGCCGCGGAGGACUCGUCGACGGCCGUCGCGGCGGCGCAGCAUCUCAUCGACGCGGUCCAUUCCUUCACCGGUUUUAACUGGUGGAUUUCCAUUGCUCUAUCCACGGUGCUGCUGCGAUGUGUGGUGUCUACAGUGUGGAUGUUUUACUUAAAGAGCGGACAUGUGCUGCGUCAGGAAGUGGAGCACUUUGGCAAGUUGGUAAAGAAUUCUAAGGAUCAUGCAUCAAGGGAAGAAGCUGCAGAGGCAGGACGUCAUAUUAUCAAAAGGUUAGGUCUUCUGACAAUUCUUCCACCCAUUGCGACAACGUACACCUUUAUAACUCUUUAUACUGCUAUAUCAAACAUGGUUGAGAAAGUCCCAUCUUUAAAUGCGGGUGGUGCAUUCUGGUUUACUGAUCUGACGACCCCUGAUGCUCUUUGCAUCUUUCCCAUGAUAACAUCACUGUUCAUCAUGCUUCGUGUUGAGCUCGAUCGCAGUGCGAUAAGGAGAUGUAAAGAAUGCACUCGCAAGAGGGACAGAGUAAAGAAGAUCUGGAGAGCAAUAUCUCUUUUAUCUAUGCUGUGGACAACAACCCUUCCUCAGGCGAUUUCUUGUUCCUUCGUUGCGUGGAGCUUUGUGGGUCUUGUAGAAAGGAGAGCUCUUAAUCAGCCAGCUGUGCAGCCAGUACUAGUUGGCGCACCCUUCAAGUCAGAACUUGGAUGUUCCUCUUGUGCUGGAUUAAACGGGCCAACUGCUAAAGAUUCCUCGUCUCCUGUCAAAGAACAGGAACAACCAGUUCCCCCAAAGACAGGGAAAUCUUCUGCCGCUAGCACUCACAGAGACGACUCUGAUAAGAAAUCGACCAAAGGCGGUUAAAUUUUGACACAAUCCCGAUUUGCUGCUCUUUCCAUAUACUAGGUAGGAAGGCGCGGCGGCGAGCAAGCAGUUAUGAAUAACCGAUGAAAACAUAUUAUUGGAAUUACCAUAAUAUUGGUAAGUGAAA